ACACAUAUAUACAUUGUGUGUGUUUCGCGCGCGCGCAACAAUAUGUGUAGAUAUAAUUGAUUUUGUAAAUAUAUUCAUACGUUUAAGACUCCUGCAUAUUCAUAAUUAUUUUGAAUGAUUAUGUUAGAAGUCAAAUUAUACGUUCAAAAUUGUUUAAAUCCUGUAUGUAAUUAAAGUAAUCGUUGUUCCAUAUAAAAUCCACUUUUUAAUUAAUAGAGCACACAUUUGUAAGAUCUACUGUGAUAUUAAUAGAUUUUACAAAUCCAUCAAUUAUAUCUCAUUACACGCAGCACAUCUAUAUCCGUUACGUGUGCCAUACAUUUUAUGCAAACCUUAUGUCAAUUGAUCAAAGUUUACACAUAACUAUUAGUCUAUGUAUUUUUUAAUUUUAUUGUUUCUACAAAACGAUCGUUUUCUAAUAUUUUUUAAUAAUAUGUUGUAUUUAAUACCUAGUAGUUUUAUACGGAAAAUUUAAAUUAUGUUGCGUAAUUUGUAAGAAUUUUAGACAUUUUCUUGCUUCUCUCUCUCUCUCUCUUUCUCUUUUAACAUCAUUAUCCAAGAUGGCAGCAAAUAUAUAUAUUCCGAAGUCUUAAUAAUAUUACAAAAUCAACAAGGUUUACAUUUAACAAUCAAGUAUACAAGCUAGUCGUAAUUCAAGAUCGAAACGUCCCUGAACGUGGGAGUGGCAAGACACACCCUGGUUAUUAGAUUGCACGAUUUCGUAUCGAACAUACUGGAGAUGCGAGAAAACUCAGUUCUCGGUGUUCUUUCAAUUUAACAUCUAAAUUUGCAAUGGUACAUAAAAAAUAAUAAUAAGUAAUACACACAAUGGGAAAUAAAUUAGCCACUUUUACUGAAGAACAACUUGAGGAUUAUCAAGACUGCACAUUUUUUACACGCAAAGAAAUAUUGAGAAUAUUUAAGAGAUUUCGAGAAAUAGGAGAUCCUGGAAUGGUACCACAUACUAUGACACCACAACAGGCCUCGUCUCUUCGUUUACCGCUAUCGUAUUUGGCUCGUAUUUCCGAAUUGAAGGAAAAUCCCUUCAGAGAACGGAUCUCGGAAGUUUUUUCGCGAUGUCAGGAUUCAGGACAUUCAGCGUCCACCUCUGAAGGAAUCUGCUUUGAGGAAUUCCUCGAGAUGAUGUCUGUGUUCUCUGAGCAGGCGCCACGAGAUCUGAAAGUCUUUUAUGCCUUCAAAAUUUAUGAUUUCGAUGAAGAUGGGGUGUUGGGUCUAGAUGAUUUGGAACGCACCUGUCGGCAGCUGACGCGUGAUGGGCUAAGUGCCGAAGAGAUAGCUACCGUGUGUCGUAAAGUUCUGGAGGAGAGUGAUAUAGACGGAGAUGAAGCUCUAUCUUACCUCGAGUUUGAGCAUGUUGUAACUAGAGCCUCUGAUUUCAUGGCAACCUUCCACAUAAGAAUAUAAUAAUAAUGUGAAGAAAAAAAAAAUAUAUAUAUAUAUAUAAAACAUAAUUGUUUCUUAACUUGCGACAUGUUGAUAAACUGCAGAUUACGUUACGCUAAUUCAUUGUAGUAGCAAAUCGUACGGAAUACAAUUUUCAAUUUUUUUAAAUAUAAUAUCGUAGAUAUUGAUUUUCCGUGAAAUCAGUGACAAGUAGAAACUUUUUGAUGAGAGCGGAAGAGCGCGCUUGGUGUUUGUAUGUUGCAUCUCAUUUCCUAUUAUUUCUGCAUUGCGCAUGCCGGUUUGCACGACCGGCAAACCGUAGCAAAGCGUUUAUGCAAUAAUACCUCUAACGAUUUUCAAAGGUUAUUUGAUGUUGUUCGAAAGGUUUGCGUGCGGAAUAUCGCGUAAUUCCUGCACACCGAAUAUUGUUUGUCGCAGGUAUGUAGCGCUUAGUUCGAAUAAUGGAAUAUUAUACGUACGUGAGAAGCAUUCCGUUUCUUUUUUGGUUAAUUGCGAUUAAGUCUUUAAAUGAUUGAGUUACGUCGGCUAUGGCAUUCGGGCUUUGCGGUUUAUAAACAUAAGUUGUAACUCUCGUAAAAAAGAUCUUUAUUCGUAAAACAAUAUUACGUAUCAUACAAUACGUCGACGCAAUAAAAAAAAACACGAGUAGUUU